AAAACUUUGGACAAAAAGCCACUCUCAGCGAGGUAUAUAAACCCCUUCUUUCUCCGAUGUUCCAAUCCGCAACUCCCUCCCUCCCUCUUUCUCUCUGUUCCCACAGUUCCGAACCAUGUCGAACAUCCGUAACUCCGGUACCAACAGCCAGGGCAACCAUUACUGCAACCGCGGUGAAUCCGCCGCCCCUGGAGGAAGCUACCACUACUCCAACACCAAUGGCUCGUACUACUACCAGAACACCAGCGGUUCGACUUACUACAACAACCCGAACACCGGCUACGUGAAAUAUACCCCCCCAAGCCAGUCGAGCUCCAACAGCGGCAACAGCGGUUACUCCGGACGCAAGUAGCGAAAUAAUGCCGACUUUUGGCGCGAGCCAACAUCAGGAUAGCUGAGCGCUCAAUAGGCGUCCGCGGCAAAUUGUAUCGUACACAGUGAAUAUCGUCAGCUACGCUAGCCAGAAUUUCCUAACCAUUAAUAAAGAAAUGUAUUGGCAGUAUUAACAAC